UUGUUUUGACUUGUUCAUUCUUACUGUUGUCAUUGUUUAUUAAAGCAAAAUGUUAGAAAAUUAAAUUAAAAUUUAUAAAAAUACUUUAAAAACUCUUUAAUUUGAACUAAAAAAAUAUUUAAACCUAAAUUGCAUUUACUUAAUUAUAUUUAACUAUAAACGAACACAAAAAUAUGGAUGAUUUAAAUCCUUUAGCCGGCACUGCUCAUCUACUGGAAGAGGUGGAUAAAAAACUAAUGGUUUUAUUAAGAGAUGGUCGCACUUUAAUAGGUUAUUUACGUUCGGUGGAUCAAUUUGCCAAUCUGGUGCUGCAUCGUACUAUAGAACGUAUACACGUUGGCAAUGAGUAUGGCGAUAUACCCCGGGGAGUUUUUAUAAUACGUGGAGAAAAUGUGGUCUUACUGGGAGAAAUCGAUCGUGAAAAAGAAUCGAAAUUGCCCUUAAAGGAAAUAUCGGUAGAUGAGAUACUCGAUGCCCAAAGACGAGAACAGGAACAGCGUCAGGAAAAACAUCGUCUAAUAUCGAAAGCUUUAAAGGAACGUGGUUUAGCGGUUAAUGCCGAUAUAAUCAAUGAAGAUUUUUGUUAAUUUUUUUAAUAAUAUAUAUAUUUUUUAUUAAAAUAUUACACGGAUUUUCCUUAUGUACACACUUAAAA